GAGGAAGGCAUACCAGGGAUGAGUGAUCCCCAGACAGGAAAUCCUUGACUGGAGAGAGAUCGGGAUAGAAAACUUCAAGGCUGAUGUUUUAGAAGGAGAAAGAGGAUAUGAAUUCAAAGAAGCCUGAAAGCGCAGGGUGAUGGGGGAUGCGAGUCGGGACGCAGCUUGGGGGUACCAUCGCGGAAUGAACCCAGGCCGAGGGCUUCUUUACAGACCUUUGCAGGUGGGAACCAUGUCUCAGCCUGCGGCCAAGGCCUCGACCACCGGGGCGGUGAACCCUGGGCCUGAUGGGAAGGGGAAGGGGGCCCCGCCCCCAGGAUCAGCCCCAGGGUCCGGCCCCGCCCCGCCCCCAGCCCAGCCCGUGCCGGCUGCUAAGGGAGAAGUGCCUCCUGGGAUCUACAAGCUGGUGGUCUUUGAGCAGGAGAACUUCCAGGGCCGGCGGGUGGAAUUCUCCGGGGAGUGCUUGAACCUGGGAGACCGUGGCUUCGACCGAGUGCGCAGCCUCAUUGUCAUCUCGGGACCCUGGGUCGCCUUUGAGCAGUCCAAUUUCCGGGGGGAGAUGUUCGUCCUGGAGAAGGGCGAGUACCCGCGAUGGGACACGUGGUCGAGCAGCUACCGCAGUGACCGGCUCAUGUCCUUCCGACCCGUCAGGAUGGAUGCCCAGGAGCACAAGCUCUCCCUGUUUGAAGGUGCCAACUUCAAGGGCAACACCUUGGAAAUCCAGGAUGACGACGUGCCCAGUCUCUGGGUCUACGGCUUCUGUGACCGUGUGGGCAGCGUGAAGGUCUCCAGUGGAACCUGGGUCGGCUAUCAGUAUCCUGGCUACCGCGGGUACCAGUAUCUCCUGGAGCCUGGCGAGUUCCGGCACUGGAACGAGUGGGGGGCCUUCCAGCCACAGAUGCAGGCUGUGCGCCGCCUGCGUGACAGACAGUGGCACCGUGAAGGCUCCUUCCCCGUGCUGGCCACGGAGCCCCCCAAGUGAGUCCCCACUCCUCUCUUCUCCCUUGCCCCACCCUUCUGCGGGCUCAUCUUCCCCAUCUUCCCCAUGCAAAUAAAAGUUCCUAAAGCCAAAAUGUCUCCUGCGUCUGUGAACAGACAUAUGCCUCAAGGUCCCUUGUCGUUGCUGGCCUGUGACUUCCUCUGUCUUGACAAUUACAAUAAUAA